AUGGGUUACUACUGCUCCAACUACUACGGCUCUAUCCACUGCCACAACACCGUCUCCCGCUUCGGCGAUAGGUGUCAUCUCUGCGCAGCAUCAAAACGCGGCGCCGCUAUCAAGGAAGGACUCCUCUCUGAAGCUGAGCGCUGGGGAUCGGCCACCCCCCGGUCGACCCAUGGCGAUCGACGGGUUGAGCGGGCCAGUCGUCCGGCCCGGGACUCGCGGGUGAAGAACUGA